AUGCCCUUCCGGCUUCCGGGGCCCGCGGCUGCAAACGCCACAGCGACGGACGCGCCCAAGGACGCGCCUCCGCCGAAAGAGGCGGCCGCGAAGGAGCCGGAGGCGCCUCCGGCCACGGCGGCGGCCGAAGGCCACAAGAACUGGGCAAACACUGUGGACGGAAUUGUCCGAACGACGAAGGAGGCUUGGAUCAGCGGCAGCGGCAAAAUCGACAAGACCAUGACGUGCGAGACCGCGCAGCGUGGCGAUGAGUGCUGGACUGCUGUGACCUGGGCCAUGAACGACGGGGUCUACGAGCAUCCCGAGUGGUGGCCUGAGCUUCAACCGGGAGCUUCCAGCUUCGAGGAAUUCCAGGGCCACCAGCAUCUCAUGAACGCGACGCUGUGUCCACAGCCAUGCAUGCUCAGGUACGAUGUGUACUCGGAGCCGACCUACCGAUCCUCCCGCGAGUACGCCAUGAAGGGCGUCUCCUACGGCGCGUCGCCUCUGAAGUCCACGAAAGUUUUGCUCACGGACGACGACUUCAUGACGGACAUCACUGGAGCGAUGUGGGACAGCUGGGGGCGUGGGGAUCUGGACGUCCUGGCGUCCAUGGGGGUGAACACGCUCCGGAUGUACGGAAACGACUUGAACUACAGUCACCGGUCCUUCCUGGAUGGGGCCUGGAAGAGGGACAUCGACGUCAUCGUCGGGCUGAGCGAUUGGGGCUUCAUUCAGGGCCCCGAUCCCUGCGACAAGCAUGGCUGGCAUUGCUUCAACCAGGUCUACGAGGCGUACAUGAGCAACCUGAAGAAAGGAUUCACCAUCAGGAACUACACGAUGUACCACCCGGCUUUGAAGGCUUUGAUCAUCAGCAACGAGCCGGACCUCAAGGUGCAUCCGCGGACGAAUGUUUGUCGCGCGAUGGUCACAAGCUUGGAUGCAAUCCUCCAGGCUGAAAAAGACCUGAAUGUCACGGAGAACCCCAUCGCGCUGACGGUGACCUAUUCUUUCGCUGCUUUUGGGAGACAAGCUCCCGGGCUGGGGCAGAUGGAGGAGCUCUACCACUGUAUGAAACAUCCGGAGAAGUCCCCGACGAACUACAUCCCGAAGAACGAUGUGUUUACAGCUUACAAGAAGCGCUGGGUCAACAGCUUCAACACGGCCGCACCCGGUCACGUCGUCGAGGAGCUUUUCUUGGACAAGUAUGCCAAGAGUAUUUUCUGGUCAGAGAUUCGACUGCCAGUGUUCAUUGGUGAGUACCACAGCGUCCAUGUCGGCGCCAAGGAAGACCUGCCGAUUUUGGUGAACGAUGCCCUUUCAUCGAAGUAUCCCUUCUACUUGGGCUACAACUUCUUCGAGCCAUUCGGCAACAAAGCACGGCACGGUCCAUCGCCAUAUCGGAACGAGAUGGGCGCGAAUGUGCUACUUUUGUUAGCCACCUCACCCCCCACCCCCUGCCAGCUCUACCAACCCAGCUACCCUUGCCAAUUCCGGGCCCGGCAGUGGCAGCUUCUGAGGUUCCCUAACUGUGACAGCGGACACACCGCUACUGCCGUGCACAACGCAGGUAUGCAGGUGCUGCUCAGAAUGUGCUAG